AUGGCGGUAGUGGAACGAGAUGCCACUGAGGAAAACCUUACUGCGUUUAAAAUCACCUUCACCUUGGUGGUCUUUGGCACAGAAUGCAUAACUGGUAUACUUGGAAAUGGCUUCAUCACAGCUGUGUAUGGAGCUGAAUGGGUCAGGAACAAGAGACUCCCCACCGCUGAUGGCCUUAUGUUGAUGCUGAGUUCUUCCAGAAUUGCACUACAGAUUUGGUUGAUGGUGACUAUUACUUACAGUCACUUCUUCCAGCACAUCUAUUACCAAAAGUCAGUGUAUCGACUCUUCAAAAUCGCACUUGUGUUUCUGAACUAUUCCAACCUCUGGUUUGCUACCUGGCUCAAUGUCUUCUAUUGUCUUAAAAUUGCCAACUUUGCCCAGCCUUUGUUCUUGAUGAUGAAGAAGAAGAUUAGGGUGCUGAUGCCUUGGCUUGUGAGUCUGUCACUGUUGGUUUCCUUCAGCAUGAGUUCUCUUUUCCUGAUAAACACCUUCAAUACGCAUGUAAAUAGUUCCAUUCCUGUCCCUUCCUCCAACUCCACUGAGAAGAAGUACAUCUCUGAGACCAAUGUAGUCAACCUGAGUUUUUUCUAUUACAUGGGGAUCUUUAUUCCUCUGAUCCUGUUCAUCAUGGCAGCCACUCUGCUGAUCAUCUCUCUCAAGAGGCACACCAUGCACAUGAAAAGCAGUGCCACAGGCUCCAGGGAUCCCAGCAUGGAGGCUCACUUGGGAGCUAUCAAAUCCACUAGCUAUUUUCUUAUUCUCUACAUUAUCAAUGCACUUGCUCUGUUUCUAACCAUGUGCAACGUCAUUGACACAUACAGCCCCUGGGGUGUUUUCUGCAGAUUCAUCAUGGCUGCCUACCCAGCGAGCCACUCAACGCAACUGAUCUUGUGUAAUCCUGGGCUGAGGAGAGCCUGGAAGAGGUUUCAGCACAGAGUUCAGCUUUAUCUUAAAAAAUAA